CCUCGCGCGCUUCACUCGGCUCUCGGCUGCGGGAGAAGAAGGUGCGCCCAUCACUACCAAACAACACUCCGAAACGCAAGUGCUCUGAUGCUGUCGAAUCGCGCUCGUAGCUAAAUUCAUCGAUUCCACAGGAAAAGCAGUGUGCGUUUUUUUGUUUAGUGUCAUAUGUUAUUUUCACCUCGUGUUGUAAGUGUGUGUGUAAUUUAUAAAUCGUAUCUGUUGUGUGUUAGUGUGUGUAUCCGGCGUGGUGUGUAGCGCACAGUGUGGUCAGUAUUUCUUUUUUGUUUUGUUACUUGUGGAUUAAGGUGUGUUGUGGCGUGUCUGUCGGUCCCCUGUGUCCUGUGUGCCCCUGUGUGUGUGUCUGUGUUUGUGUUUGUGUGGAAAAAGAAGUGCUCGAUACGCGCACGUACAAGCGAAAUACUAAAUGCACAAUACAGAUAAUAGUGCACCUUGAAUUUGCGUGAAAAUCGUGCAAGAUUCGUAUGCUGCAAAAGUGCCUGCGUGUGUGAGAACGCCUACGGGAGGAAAGUGACCAAAUCAGGAACGGACCACCGCUGCAGGAUGGCUAGAUCAUAGGCGCGCAGAGGCAGCUGUUGCAACGCGGGGCUGCUGCGGCACAACGCAACGCGCAUAGCGACACUACCAACGGAACUGUUCCAGGUGGAAAAGUAUAAUCCAACGGUAUCGGUCCGCCGUUCGUUGGCUUCUGCCAUCUCAUCUGGGAACCCCCACCCAGCUGCCUCUUGCCUCAUCCUCACUACGUCCCAGGAACGCGGGAAACAAGGAAGGCUGCGCGUCGCACCUAGAGUUUGUCCCCCAAGGUCGAGCGUGCUCGUGCGCGGGAAAGAGAGAUAAAGAGUGAGAGAACGAGAGAAAGGAAGUGUCUGAAUUCAGCUGUACGCCGCCGAGUGAACGGAUUGAUGGUGUCCCGCAGUGUAACAUCAACUCAUAGUACGCCAACCACCACACAGUGCAUGCAAACGCGAUACGUCGUCUUUGUCGCCGUGUCGAAGAAUGGCAGAACAAUGUACCGUCAGCAUUGAAGCCAGCAAGCAGCAACAAGAGCAACCCGUUACAACUACCCUUGCCGCAGCCGCAGCCGCCGCCGCUAGCCAUCCAGCCAGCCCGCAAAGUUGUAUCAAAUCGCCCACGUGCGCUGCUACAACCGGUGCGACAACGCAUCACCACGAGGACGAGGAUCGGGGUAGCGCACUACUCCACACGGUGGAGGAAGACGGCGGCGAUAGCAACGAUGGAAGCAGCACACCAAGGACAACGUGUGAUCAUCGUUCCACCAGUGGUGUGACACCACUGUCGCUGGCUGGAGAUGCCGGUGGCAAAGAUGGUGGCGCGAAGAAACCGUACUGGCUGUUCGCCUCCGCCGGCUGUGAGGAAGAUCGAGCGGUGGAGCGCAGGCAACAGCAUCAUCACCAAUUGCUGCGCAUGGAUAGCAAUGGGAGCGACGAUAUCGAUGGCAGCUUGCGACAUGAACCCGAGCGGCAGCCGCUGGAGUGUCCCAUCCUGCUCGAAACGCCCGCACUAGAGCGCGCGGAACUGAACGGCGAUGAGGAUGAUGAUGUUGGCGGGGGCGACGCGAUGAGGCGGCAGGGCACUAUCGACGGUAUGAUGAGCGAAAGUGGUAGGAUCAGUGUCGUCGGUAAGCUGGCGAUCAUCAGCGACAAGCUGGCGGCGGUGAAACCAAAGCGCCUCAGCGAUGAGUUCUUCUCCGCGGACGACGACAACGACGACGAGGAGGAGGACGACGUCGACGACGAGGAGACGAAAUCGAACGGCGACCGGUUCGGGACCGAUCGGCCGAACGCGAUGGUGGAUAGCGAGGCGCAGGCAAGCCUGAGCGAAAUAAAAAAUCUCAGCAUCACCUGCUGCGGCAAGCGCAAGGAAGAGGGGCCGAAGGAGGAGGAGGGAGUGGUGUGCGAGCAGAAUCGUCGAUCCAGUUUGCAUGCGUCCGGAUCGAAGGUGGAUUCCGCCGACCCGCUGUUGCCGGCGUGCCGUGACGCGCUGCUGCAGCAACCAAAGGCAUCCGUUUUGCGUGCGGCUGAAAAUACGAUCGAAGACGACGACCCACUGGAGCAGGAAGGGCAGCAGCAGCAGCAGCAGCACGAUGCGGCCGCCGCUGCCGUCGAUGAAGACGAGGAGCUUCUACUGGACGAUGUGCAAUCGAUGGACGCGAUCGAACGACGCGAUUUCGAGCAGGAGGGCGGCUUUUUGAUAAGAAACAGAUCACUGAUAUCUGGCGAUAGACUGAAUUUAGAAUUUUUAAAUAAUACAAACGCCCGUCCCCCGUCGAACGAGCGUCGGCCCGCGGAGCAGCAACCCUCGUCGGCUGAGGGGUCGGGCGCGGGACUCACCGCAACCAGCGCGAUCUGCACCAACGAACUCCUCCCCGCUGUCGAAGCGGCUGCUGCCCCCACGUCCGCGCAGCAUACGACUACGCCGACGAGCAGCCGAUAUCAGCACAAGCAUGAUCCUCACCAUCACCAUCAUAAUCAUCCGCAACAUCAUCACCAUCAUCACCACCACCAGGCUGGCAAAGCGCUCAACAGCAGCAACAGCAGCAGCAGUAGCAGCACCGGUAGCGAUAGCUUUAGUAGUAGUUAUAAUAGUAGGGAAACCGAGAACAAUAGUACAACCAAGUUCGCAGUUAAUAAGCUUACGAGGAACCUCUCCGCUAGUCUAGCUAAUUGCAACGAUAAAAAGAGUGGCCAGCACCAGCAGCAGCUGGAUGCCGUUGCCACCAGCACCGGAUCCAGCUCCACGUCACCCAUCGCGUCCUCAUUUGCCACCUCCUCCGCUUCCUCCUCGUGCUCCUCGUCGAGCUACUCGCUGUACUCAGCGGCAUCGGCGGCUGGUGUCGGAAACGGCACUGGCGACGACGAUGAAACCGCUCCGGCAAUGGUCACCGAUGCAGCAGCUGCAACACCAGCCCUGUCGGAGGAAUGCAAACCGGCCGCCGAGCUUGCCGAAGCCUUCCUGAACGCCAACUCCAACGACAGUGUAUCGUCUGGCCGGUCACUGUUCGGUGUGCACGGUACGGAAGUGGAGGAAACCGCAAUCACGGCGGUGGACGUGCACACGAAAGAGGAAGAGGAGGAGCACACCCAUACGCAUCACGACGAUCCUUGUUGCUCCUCCACCUCCUCGACGGCGUCGUAUUCGUCCUCCUCCUCACCGCUACCUUCGCAGACGGCGACGGCCCAGCACGCCGAGGACGUGUCGAUGAGCAUUUGCUCCUCCGCGGCACUGCCACCGACCGCUUCCCAUUCGGCCAGCUCGUCCGUUUCAUCCGCACACGACGAGUCCACCCUCGCUGCCGCUGCGCACAAUGACGGUAAACCGCUGUGUGACGGGGAGGCAAAUCAGGAGGACGAGCACGAGGCGGAAAGCACUCGCGCAAUGCGUUCGUCAUCGUCGCAACCUUCCAGCUGCUCGGGACGGAAACAGGACGAGGGUGGCAAACUUUCCUUCAGCUGUGCUUUCCCGAAGGACGACGCGCGAAUGUCUCUGCCAGACGGCACCAAACAGCUCUCGUUGCUUCCGUCCACCUCCAGCAAUGGCAGGGCGGACAGUGGUCAGCCGGACGAGCACGACGGUGCGUCGAAGAGUGGUCGGGCCAGCGGCACGGGACAUCAAUCUCAGCACUCGCAACAUCACCAUCGCCGACAGUUGCAUCACCACCACCAGCAUCAGCGGGCCAGUGGAGCCGGCGGCGACGGAACGGUCGACGUGUCCACCGGCUCCUCUUCCUCCUCUACGUCCCGCGCGGUUCAAGCGAACAGCGGUAGCGGCGGAACUGCGCCGGCCGGAUCGGCAGUGGUCGCUAGUGCCGGGCCGGAAGUGGUGGUUGCUUCGUAUCAUCAGCAGCGCGACGCCAGCACCAACACGUCCAACUCGCCCGAACCGAGCGAGCCCGAGAUCGACGAGGAGGACUGGGCCGACUGUGAGGAGGGCACGGACGAAGAGGUGUGCACCUGUCGGGAUUACACCGACGAGGAUGGUUUCGCGAGCAGCGAGGACGAGCUGCCGUCCCGCGAUGUGGACCUUUCGAGCUACACGCACCUCGACACGAUAUCGGACGAUCUGCUGCACGAUGCGCAGACGCCACGGCUCCAUCGGAAGCGCAAGCUGACGGAGAACCGGACGAUACUGUACGGGGAGGCGGGCAGUCCGUCGGCGGAAUCGCUAAACUACAGCAGCCGCAAACGGCUCGCGCUCGAUGGGUCGAGCGCCUCCGCAACCGCUUCCUCUACUGCUGCGGGUAGUGCAUCGCCGGGAGCGGCCGUAGCAGCUGGAACAUCAGCUACGACGACAUCGACGACGACGACGUCAGCUUCUGCUGUUACUACCACACCGUUGUCCAGUGGCGUUGUGGCCACAACGCCCCGAUCUUCCCUGCGAAGUCCAAUGAAUAUUGCAACAACGCCAACGUCAUCCACACUGGGAGAGCGCAAGACACCAAGAACCAUUAUACCGACCAAAGAUAAUCCUCCUCCUGAGCUCUGUGAAUGGUUGAUGCAGUUCCAGCGAUGGACGCACGUGGAGCGACUGCUAGCCGUCGACCGUUUGAUCGAACACUGCGAACCGACGCAGGUACGGCACAUGAUGAAGGUGAUCGAGCCCCAGUUCCAGCGCGACUUCAUCUCGUUGCUGCCGAAGGAGCUGGCCCUGCAGGUGCUGUCGUACCUGGAGCCGAAGGAUCUACUGAGGGCCGCCCAAACCUGCCGCAGCUGGCGCUUCCUGGCUGACGACAAUCUGCUGUGGAAGGAAAAGUGCAAAGAGAGCGGCAUCGGCAUCGAACCGUCGACCGAUCGGCCGAAGCGGGGCCGCACCGGCAACAUGCCGCCGAUAUCGUCGCCUUGGAAGGCGGCCUACAUGCGCCAGCACAUCAUCGAGAUGAACUGGCGCUCGCGCCCCAUCCGGACGGCGAAGGUGCUGAAGGGUCACGACGAUCACGUCAUCACAUGCCUUCAAUUCUGCGGCAACCGCAUCGUGUCCGGGUCCGACGACAACACGCUCAAAGUUUGGUCCGCCAUCACGGGGAAGUGCCUUCGAACGCUCACUGGCCAUACAGGAGGUGUUUGGUCAUCGCAAAUGUCGGGAAAUAUCAUCAUCUCCGGCAGUACCGAUCGUACGCUGCGCGUGUGGAAGGCUGACACGGGACAAUGCAUGCACAUACUCCACGGACACACGUCGACUGUGCGCUGUAUGCAUUUGCACGGCAACAAAGUCGUCAGCGGGUCGCGAGAUGCCACGCUGCGCGUGUGGGAUGUCAAUUUGGGCACCUGUUUGCACAUGCUGGUGGGCCAUCUGGCCGCUGUACGGUGCGUGCAGUACGACGGCAAGCUGAUCGUGUCCGGUGCGUACGACUACAUGGUGAAGGUGUGGAACCCCGAGCGCCAGGAAUGUCUGCACACGCUGCAGGGACACACCAACCGUGUCUACUCGCUGCAGUUUGACGGCAUCCACGUCGUUUCCGGCUCGCUGGAUACUUCGAUACGCGUGUGGGACGCCGAGACUGGCUCGUGCAAGCAUGCGCUGAUGGGACACCAGAGCCUCACGUCGGGCAUGGAGCUGCGGCAAAACAUUCUCGUGUCGGGUAAUGCUGACUCGACCGUGAAGGUUUGGGACAUCAUUACCGGCCAGUGUCUGCAGACUUUGUCAGGACCCAACAAGCAUCAAUCUGCUGUCACCUGCCUGCAGUUUAACUCUCGCUUCGUCAUUACCAGCUCCGACGAUGGUACGGUGAAGCUGUGGGAUGUAAAGACUGGUGAAUUUAUCCGCAAUCUAGUGCUACUAGAAUCGGGUGGUUCCGGUGGAGUCGUUUGGCGUAUUCGCGCAAAUGAUACGAAGCUGAUCUGUGCCGUUGGCUCACGCAAUGGCACGGAGGAAACCAAACUGAUGGUACUCGAUUUCGAUGUAGAAGGUGCCUGCUUAAAAUGCUCAUAAUUUUUAAGAUGACUCCUACACUCUACACCGCCCCCGCCACCACCACCACCACACCACGGAGCUGCCGUGUCUGUCGCUGCUACCCCCCUCCCCGCUGAUUAGCUUAGGCUCUUUUUACUCAGUUUCACACCGUUCCCUUCACUCGCAAAAUGUACUCAGUCUUAGCCCCAUUAGACACCCUCUCUCCCGUCUACAUAACAACCCUCCUUCACGCGUGGCGAAGUAGUAGUAUAACGUAUUUAAGAGAAAAAAAAACCGAAUUCACUGACCCGCCCAGCCCCUCCGGGUGGGUGGUUCCGACACAGUGAAUUGUCGAAGGAUAGGCUAGUAGGCAUUCGAUCUCUCUCUCUCUCUUCUGCGUGAGAUUAAUCGAUAAGUGGAUCAAAAACCGACCCUUUGGUAGUGGCUGAGCGGAGAGAGGAAGGAUGGUGGUGUAGGAUUCUGAAGAGACCGCUCUUUGCGGGUAUGGUUUAACAAUUGUAUAUUGUAGCGUAUUGAUUACAACCGUGGCCGCUGUUUAGAAGUGCAAUUUGUUUUAUCACAUGUAAAGUGUUGACAACGGGGCACGACCAAUUGAAAUGAGCACAAAAAGUGGAACUUUUCGUUGAUGAAAACAUCCACACGCCAAGCGCACGCUUGUGCGGUGGGUCAGUGCAAUUUGGAAAGGGUGAGAUAACCGUUUUACCACGUGUUCGCUUCUCAAAGCAAUGCGUUUAUCCACCAAUUCGUACUAUUAUCCUCCUUGGAGACAAUUAGCUUUUAUAAACGAUUUUUAGUGUGUGCAUACUUAAAUCUCCUCGAUGUUUUUAUUUUCACUCUUUGUCGUGUGUUUUAGGUGGGUACACCCGCUGUGCCCGCUCUUUAAAGACUGCUGUUUUGUUUCGUUUGUUUUCUGGGGAGUUCCGUAGCAACUCAACAGAUCAUGAUUGUUACUGUUUGUUAAACGCUUUUUUUUUGUAUAUUAUCUGUUUGUUUUUGCAUUUCUGUUUCUGUGUAUGUUUCAUCACAAAGUAACGGUGCGCUUGUUUGUUACCCGGGAAGGUACCGCCUCCCCCGGUGUUAAUGUUUUUUUUCCAAUUUAGGAAGAAAAAAUUCUCUCGUUAUUAUUGUGUCUUCCUUUUGCUUACAGUUGUUUCCUUUACGAUGAACGCAGAUUGCUUUAAACCGUGGUAGAAUUUCUCACAAAACCCCCCCAAUAUGCACUGGUGCUCUUGCGCACAACCCAACCGUACGACGACGAGCCCCGGGGCUGUUGCUGCGCUACGUUUCACGGUUUUUUUUAACUAUAGGCUCGUCACGAGCAUCCUUUCUCCAUCCUCCUCCCAAUGCGGCGCCUAUCGUGGCUGGUUAGUUGAUCCACCGUAAGGGACUGCUAGUAGGGAGAAUUUACACACCAAACACAACACAAAGUACCCCCGAGCGGGAUGAAGAAAUUAACGAA